AUAAAAGUCAUUGUCUUCUUUUGAUGAAGAAACAAUGAAAGCAAAGUUAACUUUGUCUUCACUCAUUGCUAUAUGAGUAUACACAACCAAAAAGCUAUUUUUUCUUCACAGAUAAAUUAAAUCAUUUCUUGGGAUAAUUGUUUAGUACUGUGUUUCCUUUUUCAGUAUUCGAUGAAGAUUCUAUUAUGCUAAUUUUUGUGUGGAUAGGUUUACUUUGCAUGGAUGAUGUAUACAUAAAUUUUAUUUUUCUGGUAAGAAAGGCUUGACUUUUUUUUUCUUUUUUUUAUUGGAUUGGGGGAGGGGUAUCCUUUUUCUGGUGGGUCAUAAUAUUUUUCAGUUUUUGUGUGGGUUUAUCCUCAAGUUGGGUUUGAGUGUAAUGAUUGUUUAUGGGGAAUGGAUCUUAGUUUAUAAUUUGAAAUUGAAAUACCUCCAAUUUGAAAUAGUGUUAGGUAGUGACUGUGAGAUGUGAAUUGUAAUCAAAGGCAGCCCCCGUUUUUCAAUUGUUUAGGUAUAGGGCAAACCUUUGCUAUUUUGCUUAUUUAUUUCUUUGUUGAGCAAAACAAACAAACAAAAAGUGAGGAGGUAGAGUUUGGAUGGACCGGCGGAGUUGGUUGUGGCGGAGGAAAUCGAGUCCGAGUGGUGAAACUGAAAGCUCUGGCGGAUCCAUUUCAUCCCAUUUCUCAGAUGAUCAGGAACCUCUGAAUCACAACAUUCAGUCACCUGAAGUCACAUCUAAAACAGCUCCCACCAAUCAAGAACUUAAUGAAACUGUUAAGACUCUAUCAGCUAAAUUAUCAGAAGCUCUUGAGACUAUCCGCGAGAAGGAAGACUUGGUAAAGCAACAUGCAAAAGUAGCAGAGGAAGCUGUCUCAGGAUGGGAGACGGCUGAAGCAGAAGUAUUGAUCCAGAAAAGACUAGUUGAGACAGCAAAUCAAAAGAACUCAAUCCUUGAAGAGCGUAUCAGUCAUCUAGAUGGAGCACUUAAAGAGUGUCUGAGACAGCUCCGACAGUCGAGAGAAGAGCAAGAGCAGAAUGUCCAGGUCACUGUUGCCAAGACAAGUUCUGAAUGGGAGUCUAGAAAGUCUGAACUUGAAAAUAAGCUUGUUCAGCUCCAGGCUGAACUGCAAAAUUCUAAAUCCAAAGACAGCAACGUCAAAGAUCUUCAGUGUAAGCUUGAAUAUGUGGAGAAACAGAACUCAAAACUCAAGAUUGAGCUUGCUUCGAUAUCUGAGGAGCUCAAAUUAAUGACAUCUGAGAGAGACUUAAGCACACAUGCUGCUGAAACGGCCAGCAAACAACAGCUCGAGAGUAUCAAGAAGGUUGCUAACCUUGAAGCAGAAUGCCGUAUGCUUAAGGCAUUCGUUCGGAAAAAAUCAACAGUUAACCACCACAAGUCUAGCGCUUGUUCCUCUGCUUAUGUUGAACCUUCCACUCACAGUUUAUCAAAUACUGGAGAACAGUUGUCAAUAGUCGAAAAUGAUCGUCGCAACACGAGUGGUUUGGAGCCAAAUAAUAAUUACCAGAACAGUUCUAGCUUCUUGUCUUCUGCUUUAGUUUCUGAAUUGAGUCAAUAUAAUCAUGGAAAGCCACAUAAAAGAGACCUUAUAUCGUCGUCUCUAGAGAUAAAUCUGAUGGAUGAUUUUCUUGAUAUGGAGAAGCUUGCAGCACGUCCUGACAUCGUGUAUGGAAGAAGCAAUGGCAGAGGAGAACCCACUUUAAGAACUGAACUUGGAGCCGCGAUUAGUCAGGCAGCUGAAGUGGAGAAGUUGGCAAAGAUGGAGGUGGAGAAAUUGAAACUAGAGAUGGAAUUAACUCAGUGUCAGGGAGAGCUUACGAUAUGUAAAGAACAAUUAGAAGAAACUAUGGACAAUUUAAUUGAAGUAAGAACUCAGUUAUCUAUGGAAAAUGAUGCCAGGAGAAAACUGGAGGCUGAAUUCAAGGCUACUAUAACCAAGCUUAAAGACUUAACAGAACAUGCACAGAAAAUGGAGGCUGAGAUUAUCGAGCUCGAAACAAAGUUAUCUAUGGCAAAUGUAGAAAAGAGUAAGACCGAGGCAGAAGUCGAGUCUACCAAUACUAUGCUUAAGAAUUUAGUUGAACGCUUAGAAGAAGCACAGAUUGAUGUUGUCAAGCUCCAAGGUCAGCUCAUUACUGCUAAUGAAGCAAAAAGAGCUGCUGAGGCUGAAGUUGAGGCUAUGAAUGUGAAGCUUAAGAAAUUAGAAUUUUGCUUGGAUGAAACUGAAGUUAAGUGUUUAGGGAUUCAAACCCAACUAGAAAUGGUGGAAGGAAUGAAAUCUGGAGUUGAGGCUGAGCUUGAAGCUAUCAAUGCAAAGAAAUAUGUGUCAGAGUCACAACUUAAAGCGACUGAAUUGGAGCUUCAAACAUUGCUUUCUAAAGUUGAUUUUCUUCAAGAGGAGCUUUCCGAGGAAAAGGAUUUGCACCAAAAAACUGCUGCAAAGUUACAGAAACUAGAAAUUGAUAAUUCAGUGAUAAAAUCUGCAUCCCAGCUUCAGAAAGGAACUAUAUUCGGGGAAUUUACAAUCAAUAAGGAUAAAGAAAUGGCAAUAGCAGCUAGUCGAUUUGCAGAGUGCCAAAAAACAAUUGCUUCCAUUAAUUGGCAAUUGAAGUCCCUUGCUAUCAUGGAUGAUUUGUUGAUCGAGUAGAUGAGCUAUUACAGAUAUAAUGACAUGACAUCCUCUUUAGAAGUUGCUCUUUUCUGAAGGGAGGAUGAUUGUCAAAGAUAGGGUAUUAUGCUGUUGAAUUUAAGAUGGAAGAAUUGAAUAGCAGAAGAAGAAGUUGCAAAGCUGGAAUAGCAAAAUCUUUGGUGCCAUUUGGUAAGUGCUUAGACAUGAACUUAUUAGGUAGAACAAAAAAAAUAUAUAUAGUCAUGUGCUGUACUAGUGAGUGUUAUGUGCAUAUUUGAAGUACAAAGGUUCCAAAUUCAUUGUACACAAGUUCACGAGAAAAAGUAUGUGGCUAUUUAUCAUAAAAUUAAAAUGACUCAAGUCAUCCA